AUGGUCAAGGAUGGUGGGUGUGAUGAGCUUUCCGACGGCUACUCCUGGACCCCACAGUACUCGUACGCCGGGUACCAAGGCUUCUUUGGUCCUGACGGAUUUGGUCCUGGCGGAUAUGGUGGUCCUGGAGGAUAUGACUUUGGUGGAUCAGGCGGGUUUUACGGUGGAUAUGGGCCUGGUAAUGGCUUUCCUCCAUUUAGGCGUCUUGCAGACGAUGCUGUCACUGCUGUGGCUGGCUUUGGGUCCUCCACAGCUUGGAUCACCACCAACUAUUCAGUCUCCUGGCCCGACCCCAUUUCGGCAACCCCUGGCAUGUACAAGCUCUGCUGGUGUGGUGGCUUCGGCUUUCGUAGUAAGAGCGUCCCGCAAGUGCGCCGCUGCACCCAGCCUGUCUUUUUUGACUUCGAGGUUGGGACCAUGACCGUGGCUGGCCCAUUUCCGAAUCAAUACUUCACCUGCGUGCGUGGCAGAUUUUGCCUUGGAGGAAGCUUAAGACUACGAGGCCUUGGUUUGACUGGAGACGAUCUACUCACCCUUCGGGCUGAAUGCAAUCUGGACGGAGCCAGACGCUUUCAGGGACUGCCCUUCUUCGUGACUCCAGUAGCCUCUGACACCCCUGGGGAAGUAGAUCUUGAAUUCGGCCUGAACUACACGGUCUAUGACUCGCCGGGCCUCUUUAAUUUAUGUUGGUGCUCGUCAAAAGGCACUCCAUGCACCACCAUGGACUUGGUUUCCUUCAGCACUGAAGUCUACUUGGAGACUGAUGCUGCUACACUGAGUCUGGAAGGUCCCUAUCCCGGUGCAGAGGCAGAAUGCUUCCUGGGACAGUACUGCAGUCUUGUUCUAGUUGGUGGGGGUCAAAACCUUCUAGACGACGAUCACUUAACGGUCCUUUCCAGAUGUGGGGAUAGCAGCUUCUUGUCGGGCUUUCCGACGCCUGGCUACACGUCCUCGCUGGCAGCAGGCAUGGUCUUCUAUUUCGCUUCGGGACCGUUGCAGACCGAGCCAGGAAUCUACCAACUCUGCUGGUGUCGCCCAGACCCAGCAGCGGGCAUAUCCUGUACCACUGUAGGUGACUACACCACGAGUAUUGGGCUCUUCCUGGCCACUGGGCCCUACUCUGGACAGGUUGCGCAGUGCUAUCUCGGUUCCGAAUGCUCUGUUGCAGCCUUCCGAGGUGUCAGCCUAACUGCCCAGGAUACCGUCGCGCCACUGGCUGACUGUGAGACAUCCCUACUCGCCGCCAACUUCCCGACACCCCAGCCGAUAGGAUUGUCACAGGGUGACAAUGGCCUUGCCUUCAACCUCGGGGAACUGCAGCUAAGGAAUGGUGUGGUCCAAGAAGUGGUCAAGCUGUGCUGGUGCUCGGCUUCUUCCGAGUCUGAGGAUAAAAGCUCUCCCCCCUGUAGCCAGCCUUGGCAUUUCGGAGCAGUGGCAGUGACACUCCAGCUUCUUUGUCCGGCGGGGUGGUAUGAGCUAUCUGGUGUAGGGAAGACAUGCCAACAGUGUCCACCGGGCUACUACUGCCCUGGUGGAGUGAGCGCACCAAAGAAUGCUUGUCCGGCUGGAGGGACAUCUGAUGCGGGAGCAAGCGAAGUGGGCCAGUGUGAAUGCCGGCGUGGUUAUUAUGUUGAUACUGGCAUUGGUGCAUGCCUUGGCUGCCCGGCAGGAUUCUUCAAGAACUCUGUAGAUCGUCUCGAGGAGUGCACUGGCAAAUGCCCUGCAGGUACUACAUCUCUGACCGGCGCAGCAAGCAUUACAGAGUGCUUUUGUGAGGGGGAUGCCAUUGAUGCGAAUUCUGCCCCAGACCAGUUUCUCUGUGCCAACUUAGCCGAUUUGUCCCAUAUCUCCAGCAACAGCACUCCUCAAGUCGCAUCAAGCGUGGCACCUGUGCAUUCUUUCAACGGGUCACUGGUCGUCCUUGACGCCUCCACAGAAGAACUGUUAGAAGAGAUCCGCGAACUUAUCUCCACGCUCCUGCAGAUCUCAACGGGGACGCGUGCAUCUCUCACGCUGGAAGUGGGUGAUGUGAGAGACUGGCGUCUGGACUUUGAGAUUGUCAGCUCUGACCCGGAGCUCGCGGCUGAAAUGCAGAGCAAGCUCCAUGCUGAACCUUUCGCCGCAUGGGUCUAUACUGAGAUGAGCACUACUGAGCUUGCAUCUGCCAACCUCACACGGCUGACGGAGGUAGAAAUGUCGGCGCUGGAAUGUCCGAAUGGUUUGGGUUUCCAGCCCGGAGCCGUUGUAACUAGCUUGGCUGACUGCAAGUGCCCGCAUGGAAAGCAGCCGGCAGCUGAUGGGAGUACUGGUCUGCUUGCGGGAUGCGUUAGUUGUCCUUAUGGAACUUAUAAGUCGACGGUGGGGGACACGAGCUGCCUGGCUUGUCCAACCCUCGAAUUCCCGCUCACCACCCUGCAGCUGGGUGCUAUCUCCAUUGCUGCCUGCACAUGCUCAGCUGGAUACACAACAGAUUGGGAAAAAGGGGGAUGUACCACUUGUGGUGAUGGCUAUUUCUGUCUUGGAGGAACGCACAGAGAGGCGUGUAGUGAGUCUCGCACAACAAUCAGUGAAAUGUCCGGCAGCGAUAGCGACUGCGUCUGCUCCGACGGAACUUUCCUCAAUGCCACGGGACAGUGUGAGCAAUGCAUGCCCGGCCAGUUCAAAGAAGAUGUCGGCAACGCACCUUGUCAGGACUGUGAAGCUGGAACGUACUCGAGUGCUGGGGCCGAUUCUUGCGAUGACUGCAAUGCCGGACGAUUUUCAGCGCAAGGUGCAGCGACCUGUGAGCCUUGUCCAGCUGGUCGAUAUUCUCUGGAUAGCAAAGCUACUUCACUGGACUCGUGUGUGCAAUGUGGCAUCGGAACUUGGAGCACCGACCUGGGUGCUGACAGAGACGGGACUUGCCGCCGAUGCAAAGGUGGCUCAACAACUGAGCAGACCGGAUCUUCCAACGAAACUGCAUGUGUACGGCCACAUUCCAAGCAGGAACGUCAGUGUGUUUCAGGCCGUGUCUGCACUGUGGACAACAUAACGGGUUAUGGGCUGAGGGCUGGUCAUCGUCUCGGAAUCUCUUCCGCAGACUGCAAGUCAGCCAAAGUUUCUGUGGAAGGAAUUGAGAACGAUGGCAUAUCCAAGGUCUCCGACAGCGGCAGCCAAUACGUGUGGGGGGACCAGCCUGAAGAUUUUACACCUGGAGGUGGCUUCUACAACAUGUGCUGGUGUGCCAACAUGGAAAGUCUGGUUUGCACAGAUCUGAACGCCAACUAUUUGAUAAAGGCGGGUCAACUUCUGGUUGCUGGUCCUUCAGACAAUUUCUUUCGCUGCGUGCGUGGGCGCGACUGCAUCGAUUUGUGGCCAUUUGCUGGCUUUGAGCUGGAGGCUACCGAUCUUGUUGCUGUGCGGCGGGAUGCGUGUGGGACCACGGCAGUGGCUGAAAUCUCAACUUCGAACACUGAAGGGGUUGGCACCUUGAGCAACAAGCAGAAGCUGGAUGGUGCCGUUACAAACUUGGCUCUUGGCUUUGGUGUUUCUGAUGAAACGAGCAUGUAUGACUUGUCGAUUGACGCGGACCAGUCUGGAUACUUUCUUUGUUGGUGUGCAAGUGGUCGGGGGGUAGUGAAUGCAUGCUCGUCUCCAGAGGAAUUCAACGUGUACGCUGGGCGACUAAGCGUGGUCGGCCCUAGAACCAACCAGGAGAGCGGAUGUUCUAUUGGACAGCCAUGCGCUGUGCCUGGUAUCCUAGGUGCCCUCCUUGAAAGCGGGGACCGGCUCAUGGUUCUCUCUGACUGUGGCAGAGGCGUUUCGCUACCCGGCUUUCCCAGCAGUGGCAUCAUGGAGACCAACAACUCUAAAGACUUUGGAUUUGUUGGCAACGGCAGUGAUAUUUUGCUAUCCUCGCCAGGAAUCUUUCGUCUUUGUUUCUGCAGGCCAGGUGAUGGUGAAACGUGUGAGUCUCCCAAAAGCUUCCGUGCUAAAGUGGGCCUGAUGACUGCAAGCGGGCCCUUCGAGCAAACGACAGUUUGCUACACUGGCAGCAACUGCACAGUGUUGGUGACUGGAAUUGGUUUGCAGGCAGGGGACCAGGUGUUCAUCGCGAAUGGUGAAUGCGGGGAAGCGGCAGGCAUGGGCGCACGAGGUUUUCCGCGUCUUGACCUCUCCAUCUCUGUGAUGGAAACUGCCAACGGGCUUGAAGCCAGCCUUGGUGAGCUGCCUCAAGGAGCCAUGCCGGGGCGAUAUCGAAUUUGCUGGUGCCCCGCCAAUGCCGAUUGUGGCGACUCCUCAGUCUUCCGGGCCCCAGGUGGCAUUAUGCGGAUUGACUGUCCGCCAGGAAGCUAUGCAAUUGGAGCUUCCGGCAGCGGGGCCUCUAUGGCAGCAUGUAUUUGCGAGCGGGGAUAUGAACGCGUGGCUUCGGGCAGCUGCAGUGCUUGCAGUGAAGGCUCUUACAAGACUUUGCCUGGGAAUCUGGCACCUUGCCUUCCGUGUCCUACAGGCUUCACAACUUUUUCUACAGGUUCACGGGGAAAGUCUGCCUGUGCCAUUCCCGUAGAGCAGACGAUCGACACUGGCUCCAACCAGAGCGACGGGAACAAUCAGUCAACAGCGUCUAACUCGACGAACGUGACAGGCGACGCAGGGACAUCUAUCCCGGCCCAGCCAGUUCUCAAGAAUGAGUCAGCAGUUCCUGCCAUCACUUUCAACAUGACCAUCGCGCAGCUGCCAGCUGACGGAGAGGAGGAAACGCUGAAGAACCAGCUGAAGGACUUCGUGCAAGAGGGGCAGCCCAGCAACACCACCGGGCGCCGGCUCGCAUCUUCUGUUGCAGUUGUCAUCACUAUCAAGCAACGUACAGCUGAAGAAGCAGCCUUGACCCUCGAAGACAUGGAUGUAGAUUUACUUUCCAAAGAGCUUGGAAAUGCUGUGGAGCAGCACCCGACUUUGGGUGCUGCCGGCAUUGAGCUGACGGUCGAGAGCGUCCCUGAAAUCACGGAAACCUCCGUUAAAUGCCCCGCACGCCGCUCUGUGCCACCAGGAGUCCAAGUCCUCAGUCAAAACGACUGUCAGUGCAGCCCUGGCUAUGGCUACGACGCUGCCUCGUCGACUUGUGCGUUGUGUGAGCAAGGCGGCUACAAGGCAGAUGUGGGCGAUGUGUCUUGUACUCGAUGCCCGGAAUUAAUGUCAACGCUGGGAGCGGGGGCCACCUCCGCUGAUGACUGUCAGUGCCAGGUGGGACUGUACGCAGAUGAGAAUGGAGCGUGCGUUGACUGUGUUUUGGGAUCCUACUGCCCUGGCACUGGACAAGCGACCCCGUGCCCAAAGAACUCCACAACAACCUCUGUGGGUCGGUCACUUACAGAUUGUAUUUGCAUGGCAGGCUUCUAUUCUGUGAAUGACGAAUCCCUUUGCCAGCCUUGCCAGCGUGGGAAAUACAAGCCCAAUAUUGGCAAUGGUGAGUGCCCCCUUACCUGUCCUACCAGCGCUGACAGCGCGCUGGGCAGUUCAAGUCUGGAGGACUGCUUUUGCCAGCCAGGCUUUCAUGCCAAGACGGAUCCAACUACUGGCGUGCUGACGAGAUGUGCUACCUGUGACUACACGGGCCUUGUAUGUCGAGGCGGCUUUGAGGGAAGCAACUUGACCGAUUCCAAUGGCCAGCCUCUGCCUCGCACGCACGCCCAACCGGUUGCGGAGACGGGGUACUACCAAACCGGUGAGACAUCCGCCGUGGCCUGCGAUGUCUUCGUGGUGGACGAGGUCUCUGCGUGCGGAGGCGGCGAGGCAUGCUCUUUGCAGCGAAUCGGGUUGCCGGUGCCAACAAGUUGCCAUGGGAGCCAAGGCGCUUCAGAUGCAGACAGUUCAAGAUCAACUGGCCUGCUGUGUGGUGAGUGUCCGGAUCACUGGGCCCGAGACAGCUAUCCCGAGCUGUGUUCACCAUGCCCCGACCAUCCGGCCAGUGCUGUGACUAUGGGAGUUCUCAACGACAUCUUCGCGAAGACAAUGCUUAACUUUGCGGUGGCAGUCAUGGCUGCCACUGCAGCCGUCAAGGGAGGCACAAAAUUGCACACCAGCAUGAUUCGUGUUGGGACGCAGUGGCUUGCAGCGUGCUCUGUAUUGACGCAGUUCGACCUCGGGUCAGUUGGCGGCUUUGGCUGGUCUGAGAAGCAGAAGGAGCUUGAGCAGCUCCAAGCAUGUGCCUAG